CUGUGCCCUGCCUGCCAUGCUCUGCUGGGCCCAGGGGUCCUGUUGCAAGUGGGGCGCAAGUUACUGAGCUUCUCCCUGGCUGGGGAUCUCUCCCUACAUGGACCUCUUGCACUUGGUCACAGGUCCCUUUUGCUUUCCCUUUUGCUGCCUGGCAGCUGUUUCUGAGCAGCAAGAUAAUAGCAAGGACAGUCAUAGAGAAAGUGAGAGCAACCAUGAGUGACCCCUCCAUGGGCUUCCAGUAAGGGGAACUGCCCAUGUCACAGAUCCCAGCCACAUCCUCUUGGCAGGGGCAUAAAAGGGGUCAUGCAGAGAUCCCAGGCACAAGUCCCUGCUGCAGAGACUCACCAAACCCACCAGCAGCUCCAGCUCCCAGCGAUGAUGCAGAGCAUUGGCUUCAUCAUGGUCCUUGUCCUGGCUGGGGUGACCCUUGGCAUCCCUUUAAAUUACAAGUGCUCCCUGCUCGGGCUGUGGCAGAAUGACUUGGGCUCGGAAAUGAACAUCUCAGCUGGGAACAACGCUGGGAAAUUCUUCGGCACGUACCUCACCAAAGUCUCCGCUACACACAAACCAAUUGCUGUGUCCCCCCUGAGGGGCAGCCAGCAGAUGGGAAACGUGAAGCAGCCGAUGUUCGGGUUCACCGUCACCUGGUCGUUCACCGACUCGACCACCGUCUUCGUGGGCCAGUGCUUCGUGGACGACAAAGGGAAGGAGACUCUGCAGACCAUGUGGCUGCUGCGGAAGAAGGUCGACUCCAUCGAGGACAACUGGCAAGCGACCCUCGUCGGCACCAACAACUUCACUCGGCUUCAGUCGUGAGGAGUGGGAGCAUCUUGCAGGCUCCAGCUGCACCUCCUCACUUCAUGCCCAUGGCAGGGCAUCAGGUGGACCCGGUUCCCCAGUCUCAUCUCUGCACCCUGGCUCCACACACCCUGCCCCUGCCCGCUUCUACUCUCACUCCACGUGGAGACAGUGAUUGGUGCCAUCAGCCCCUGCCCACCUCCGGUGCUUUCAGCCCACAGCCCAGCCGGGCUUCGAUCUGUGUGACCACUUGGCCCUGGAUGCCAGAUAAAUCGUUUACAAUGAAAAACCUGCCUGC